AUGGAGCAAGAAGGUCGGGUUCUACGGCCGCGCGCGAGGAAACCAUUUGAGCUUCCUUCUGCCGAAUCGACGGCUCCCCCGUCCCCGAUGCCAGAAGAGACGAUCAAGGAGAUGUUUGCUGGAAACGGCAGCGUGACCGGAAAGGACAAAGAUGGGCUGUUACCGUCUAGUCGAACACGGUCCGAUAUAAACCUGACCUCCUCGACGCUGCUGGGGAUUUACUCGCCUACCGCGUUUGACGGGAGUCGUGAAGAGAGGGAUAUUCCUGGAGCUACGCCGUGGGGGACUGGUGCGCAGACGCCCAGCCUGCGAGAACCGACGAUUUAUGAGAAUGGGAAUGGGAAGGAGAAUGGGAACGGUAACGGGCACAGGUUCACCGAUGAGCAGAAGAGACAAUUAUACAAGCUAGAGCAAGAACGGCAACGACAGGCCAGGGCUGAAGCUGGACGCCGACCAUCUCCUCGUCGAAGGCAUGGGCUUGUUCGUGGCUAUUUAUUGCCUACCUUGCAACAGAGUGGGCUGUUGUUCGUCUUUGGCGUGAUAUACGGCGUCAUUAUUAUGCAUUUACACGAUAGUCCGCAGAUGGCGAGGUUGUUACCUCUUCAUAUCCCCGUCAGAGUGGAGGCUAUAAACUUUGGACUGGUGUGGUGGCACUAUCUGGUCUUUUGGGGUAUGGCGGGAGUUGCGCUGGGGAAUCUACUGCCCUGGUUCGAUGUUAUGUGGGAAGACGUUAUGGGCGUGAAGCCAGUCAAGGGGGGGAACAGCGGAGCAGGCUGGAACCCGAUGGUGCGCAGUAUCGGGGCCUUUGUGGGAGUUGCGUUUGCAAUUCGAAAACUACCAUGGCAAUCCACGACUCAGGUCUCUCUAACCCUCGCCCUCGUCAACCCGUUCCUAUGGUACCUCAUCGACCGCUCCAAAUCUGGCUUCGUUCUCUCCACCGCCAUUGGGCUGACGGGCAUGAUGGCUCUACUUGAAAUGAACCCCGGCAUAGUCUUCUCCCCCGACGACGCGACCAGCGCGUCCACCACAAUGAACGACACCGUGUUCAAGAGCGGCAUUGCAGGCAUGAACCUUUCCCAGGGCCAGCUCGCAGUUGGAACGUGGAUUGCCAGCGUGCUCUUCUGCAGCUGUGUUUGCUUCGGAAACAUCGGGCGGAAACUCGCACCAUGA